AUGCCAUACACUGCGCCAGACGCUACGGUGUUCAGGCAACUGCAGUCAUCGGAGCAUGCGAAUCUCCUCGACGAUAUCGACCGGCUUCGAUCCCGGGGUAUCAGCAAAUACAUUGACCUCCCCCAGUUGAUCGUUUGUGGGGACCAGUCUUCUGGCAAGAGCUCAGUAUUGGAGGCCAUCUCACGAGUGCCCUUUCCCACGAAGGACAAUCUUUGCACCACGUUUGCGACAGAGCUUAUCCUGCGCAGGAGCCAGACAACCCAUACAGCUGUCAGCAUCAGACCUGGGCGUUCUCGAACCGCCGAAGAGAAGCAGCAGUUGUUGGCCUUCCGCGAAUCUUUUACUUCCACGAGCGAUAUACCCCUGCUGAUAGAGGCAGCCAAAGGUUGCAUCGCAGGCCUGAACGCGUCGCAGCCCAACGCGUUCUCCGAAGAUGUCCUUCAGAUCGAAUCGUCCGGCCCUGACAGGCCUCACCUUAGCAUUGUAGACCUACCCGGGUUGAUUCAUUCCGAGAAUCGGCAACAGACGGCAGCAGACGUCGAGACUGUCGGGAGGCUGGUUCAAAAGUACAUGUCAAACCCCAGAAGCAUCAUGCUUGUGGUUAUUUCCGCGAAGAACGACCAUGCGAACCAGAUCGUGUUGGCGAAAGCCCGCCAAGUAGACCCUCGAGGGACUAGGACCUUGGGUGUAAUCACGAAGCCGGAUACGCUGCAUGCAGGCUCGGAGAGCGAGCUGGCGUUUGUGAGCCUUGCCAACAACGAAGACAUCAAGCUUGAGCUGGGUUGGCAUGUCCUAAGGAAUCGCUCGUUCGAUUCUCGUGACGCCGGCAUCGAGGAGCGGGACGAGACUGAGCGGAUUUUCUUUACCAGAGGCAUAUGGGCCAGUCUUCCACCAAGGAAUGUCGGUGCCGCAAAGCUCGUCGCCAGAUUACAGACCCUGCUUAUGCAGAAAAUCGGAUCUGAACUGCCCGCGAUUAUCGGAGAGAUACAGUCUGCAAUCAACGUUUGUGAGGAGCACCGCAAGAAACUGGGCGAGCCUCGGACGAGCGUAAACGCGCAACGGCGUUACCUCAUGGAAACUAGUCAAGAAUUUCAUGGCCUUGCUAAGGAGGCUAUCAAGGGGUCAUACGAGUCGCAUUUCUUCGAGGAACCGCCCUCUGACGAAGGGCACGCGAAGCGGCUUCGCGCCAUUGUGCAAAAUUUGAACGAAGAUUUUGCGGAAGAAAUGCAUGAGAAGGGCCACCGUUACUGCAUCAUCACUGACGAAGAAUGGGAGGAACGGGCUUCCAGGCCAUCGGGAUGGCUGUCCCAACAGAGUGAAUCAGUGGGCAAGCUCAUCAUCACAAGAUCGAAUUUCAUCAAACAGAUUGCGCAGUACGUGAAGAGGAAUCACGGGCGCGAGCUCCCAGGCACCUUCAAUCCACUUCUGAUCGGACCCGUCUUUCAAAAGCAGUCCGCGCCUUGGCAGAACCUUGCCUCAAAGCAUGUACAAAGAGUUGGCGAUGCUGUCAAACAAUUUCUUGAGCUUGCACUGCAGAAGCUGAUGGACAGAGCAAGCUGUGAUGCCCUUUACCGUGAAGUUAUUGAGCCGGUCAUGGAGGAGAAGUUGAGGACGACGACAACGAAGCUGGACGAGGUACUUUGGCCUCACCAAAAAGUUCACCCGAUCACUUACGACCGGAGGUUUGCCCAAACCACCCGUGACAUUCGUACCAAGAGCCAACUGAGACGAGCAUUUACUCAAUUCAAGCCACAACAGCUUGCUGGUCUUGACGACGCGGGAAUCUCUAGACUCAUUGAUGAGAUGGUCAUUACGGCGGAUGAUUCUUUGGACAAGUAUGCUUGUUCCGAAAUCCUGGACAUCAUGGAGGCCUACUACAAGAUUGCGAUCAACCGAUUCAUAGACGAUGUGGCUACCGUCGUUAUCGAACGCUGCUUGCUACAAGAUCUGGCAAACAUCUAUUGCCCACUUGCCGUAGCCAGCAUGACCGACGAGACGGUACGUAGCCUUGCGGCCGAGUCUGAGGACAUCACAGCGGAGCGGGAGCUACUAGAUGCGAAGCUUAAAGCUCUGAGUGACGGCUUGCGCACCUGUAAACGACAUGUAGUCCGAGGGUCGCCGGGUAAGUCGUGA